AAAUCACUGAUAACUGGUAAGUCAUACAUACAUACAGUACAUACAAACAUACAUCCAUAAUGUACAAAUGUAUAUAAAUGUUUCUUCAAUAAUAUAUUUUUUUUUUUACCGCAGCAAAAGAUAAUACAACAAUGCUAUUUAAUUGACACAUGAGAAACAAUUAUUGAUGUAUUCCUGGGUGUUUACUUUCCAGAGGUGGUGCUAAAACUUGCCAGACUCUACAUAAUGCUCCCAUCCGAGCAAGAGCGUCUAAACAAGACGUCUACUUUCGUCUGCCUUGCCCGGGAUUUUUCCCCCUCUGAGCACACAUUUCAGUGGGAGCGUGAUGGCGUUUCCAUGAAGGAGGAAGGUAGCUGCAACCAGAAAGAUUCAGAGACUAACAACACCGCUAGCAGCUACCUAGUCAUCAGCGAUGAGCAGUGGGCAAAGAGCGCCAACAUUACAUGUCUAUUCAAGCAUAAGGCUGGAGACCAGUCCAUAGAAGUACCAAAUCAAGAAACAGACCAGCCCAGUGUUGUUCUUCAACCUCCACUGUGGACGGGAAAGGAUAGUGGCUCCAAGGCCCAGCUACUGUGUGCUGCUGACGGCGCCGAUAUGAAGGAGUUGGUUGUGGAAUGGAUCGUAGAUGGCAAGGCCCAGGCUGCCCCCAAACCACUUGGCCAGAUCAGUCAACUGGAGUUUGACACCACCUUGUGGAGCAAAAGCAGCAACUACACCUGUAGGAUGAAGCCAAAAGGGCCGGGCAUUUAUGAUUGGGUUGAAAAAAGCAUCCAAGUGUGUGAAGACGGUCACUUCCUGGCUCCACGCGUCCAGCUGGAGAGACCACGUGUCCGAGACAUUGCCACGUCCGACGAGGUCGUCGUGACCUGCAAAGUCGCGGCCACAACCGGCAGCCGAGUGUCCUGGUGGGUGAACGACAAACAGGAGACAUCGGGCAUCAAUGAGAGGAGCGAGUCUGGCGGCAGGCUCACCAGCAACCUCACGCUCACCGUGAGCUUGUGGAAGAGCCCGCAGGAGGUCAAGUGCAAAGUGGAGCACCCAUGCUACCCAACUGAGGCAGCCAUAACCCUGCCAGGUGAGGAAAACCCAACAGUGACCAUCAGAAGACCCCUAGAGGACUGGCAGAAAGAUAACGGGGCGGUGCUGGAGUGUCUCCUAGGAGACGUGUCUUCCCAUGAGGUCUUGGUGACCCUCCAGGCUAAUGGGAAAGAUCUCCCAAUGUCUGAGUAUGUUAACAUCCCCAUCCAGGGAGACCAGCAUAGCCUGACCGCUGUACGGUUCACCAUUCCCCAAGACCAGAGAAGCGCCAACAAAACCUUUGCAUGUAAAGUCGUUCAUAACUUAGCAAAGAGCACAAAGACCUCCGGUGACACAGGAAAUCUUUUUGCUCCGCCAACUCUGGAGUUGUUCCUGGCCCCUGGGUUCAGCUCUAUGAAGCUGGUGUGCGUCGCGUCAGGCUUCAAGCCGCAGGUGAAAUGGAACGUCCCCAACCUGACCGAGAACAGCAAGGUUUCCAUGGAAGACACCGGUCGCCUCACUGUCACCAGCGAGAUCAAUGUCCCACACACAGAGUGGUACAAAGGCACAACGUUUCCCUGCGAGGUGGAAGACCACAACCAAAAUCACGCAAGCAAAACAAUCAGAGACAUAAGUAUCUGCUCAGUGUCCCCACACUCUGUGCGUGCAGAGGUUUACAUCAUGGGACCCCCCCUGAACCGCACGGCCAGCAGCAGUGUGCCGCUCACUUGCCUGGUGGUCGGGUUCAACAUCUCAGGCCUGCCCAUCGUUUGGAGGGUCGGUGGGGUGGUCACCUCCGACGGGGUCAUGAGACAGGAUCUGCCUGAAAACAAGAAUGGGACCCAGAGUGUGCGCAGCGUGUUGAACCUGCCGGCCAGUUCGUGGCAUGGCCACAAGGACGUCUCGUGUGAAGUCAGGAGGGCUUGUGACCCCAGUGCACUGGUGAGACACAUCUCAAAAGCAAAAGACAUGCGCCGGCCAACGGUGAAGAUUGUGAGGCCCUCCGAUGCCGAACUCGUCCACUCCAAUGGCUUCGGCCUGCUGUGCGUGGUCACCGGCUUCUCGCCGGCCGAGGUGCUCGUCCACUGGGAGGUCAACGGCACACAGGUGCCCGCCUCGCGGUACACCAACGGCCCUGUGAGCAGCAGCACCGAAGCCGGAACGUACGCCACGUCCAGCAGUCUUCCGCUGUCGCCAUCGCAGGAGCGGCGCGAGGGCGCUUACACUUGUGUGGUCAGACACGAGUCUUCCGCUGAGCCCACCUCUGCCACUGUGGAAAAGCUGUUUGCCUCGGUGGAACUCUCCAAGCCUACGGUCACCUUGCUGAAGGGCUUGUCCGAGCUGGUGUGCCUGGUGUUUGGCUACAGCCCCGAGUCCAUCAGCGUCACCUGGCUAAAAAACGACGUCAGCAUGGAGACCGCAGACCAACGAACCACUCAGCCGUCCAAAGGACCCGACGGGAAGUUCAGCGUCCACAGCCACCUCAACCUGUCUUCCGGCGACUGGGACAGUCGGGUGAAGUUCACCUGCAACGUCACUCACAUCACAAGAUCAUUGUCUGUUAGCACUUCCAAACCAGAGCCGAAGGAAGAAGUUCUGUUUAUUGACGACAACAUGGCGGAUGCUGUUCCUGAGGACACUGUUGGAGAAACGAUGAACAUGGCCUGGGCCUUCCUCUUCCUAUUCCUCUUCUGCCUCCUCUACAGCUGUCUUGUCACUCUGAUUAAGGUGAAAUGAAAUGAACAGCUUCACCCUAGAGCGCCGUCUCCUACCAACUGGCGCGCAAGGAUGGAACGAUAAUUAGCUGCCUUUACACAUUUCCUUUGCAAAUUGAAUUGAAUUGGUUACAUGUUUUCUGCUGAAGAUCGUUUGUAUUUUAAAAGCAUUAUCCAUUUACUUUUUUGUUUGUUACUGUCUUUUAGGGCUCACUUGAUUAUAGAAGAAUCAAUCAAGAACUAGAUAGAUGUAACAUUAUUACUUGUUAAAUGAUAUAUCAUUUCAUAUAUUUAUAUAUAUAUAAAUCAAAUAAAGACAUCUCCAAGAAUAUUGUACAGAUUUAACAGCUGUUUAUAAAUAUUUCAGUUCUGCUUACUGUAUGUCUUGUUUUAUUGGUAGAAUAAAACAUUACUUCUACA